AAAACAUGUUUUCCCAUGACAGUAUCCCUUUAAUAUAUAGGGCUUUUCACGAAGGCCGAGGCUUUUAUAUGGAGCCUGAGUCGUAUUCUGUAGGGCUCGUUUGAGACGUGACAACCUUUAUCCAAGUGACACGGGGGCACCUUUAUAAAUAACCAGUCUGUGCUGUGAGUGCUAUACCUUAUGCUGUACAUCUAGAAUUACUGUGUCACAUGGAAGCGGCAUCCCUUUCCCCGGGAGCUUCCUCAGCUGCUGUUUUAGUGUCUCCCCCUGCGGCAGCCCACACUGUGUACGUGAUUUACAGAGCUGGAGAAGAAGCAGUGAUGCGAGUCUCCUUUAAGGGGGUUGGCCGAGUUUUGGAGGCUGGUUUGGUUGCUUACGUGUGUGUGCAAUGAGAGAAGGGGCAGGUCUAGCCCAGCCAAUAGCUGCUCAUACCGGACACCUAAGCCUUGAGGAUUGCCGGCUUUUGCUCUUAGUGAGGAACUAACGUGGUGUUCAAGGGCAGGACAGGCCCGUACCUCUGGAUUCCGUGCAGGUGCAAUCACCACCUCCGCCAUGCUCUGUCUCAGCCUUUAUGUGCCUCUUUUGGACCAGUCUCAGGCAGAAUUCCAGUACUUUGAGUCAGACCAGCUCCCUUCUGAGCUGAAGUCAAUUUUUAGUCUGAGCCUUUUAAUUCCGUCCCAGGAGUUUUCCACCUAUUGCCAGUGGAGACAGAAAAUCGUAAAAGCUGGGGACAAGGACCAGGAUGGACAGCUGGACUUUGACGAGUUUGUACAUUACCUCCGAGAUCACGAGAAGAAGCUCAGACUGGUUUUCAAGAGCUUGGACAAGAAAAAUGACGGUCGAAUUGAUGCCCAGGAGAUAAUGCAGUCGCUCCGGGACUUGGGGGUGAACAUAUCUGAGCAGCAAGCAGAAAAGAUCCUGAAGAGAAUUAGAACUGGACGUUGGGGUCCUGUCACCCACAUGGAUAAAAAUGGAACAAUGACCAUUGACUGGAAUGAAUGGAGAGACUAUCACCUUUUGCAUUCAGCAGAAAACAUUCCAGAGAUCAUCCUUUAUUGGAAGCACUCGACGAUAUUUGACGUGGGAGAAAACUUGUUGGUCCCUGAUGAGUUUACCGUAGAAGAGAAACAAACUGGAAUGUGGUGGAGACACUUAGUCGCUGGAGGAGGGGCAGGCGCCGUUUCUCGAACUUGUACAGCUCCGCUAGACAGACUCAAAGUGCUAAUGCAGGUCCAUGCUUCCCGCAGCAACAACAUGUCCAUCCUGGGAGGCUUCACCCAUAUGAUUCGGGAAGGGGGGUUUCGCUCCCUCUGGAGAGGAAACGGCAUCAACGUGAUCAAAAUUGCACCUGAGUCUGCAAUCAAAUUCAUGGCAUAUGAGCAGAUUAAACGAAUUAUCGGCAGUAACCAGGAGACUCUUGGUAUUCAUGAGAGAUUUGUAGCUGGGUCUCUGGCUGGUGUAAUUGCCCAAAGCAGCAUCUACCCUAUGGAGGUGCUGAAAACUCGUAUGGCCCUACGCAAGACAGGCCAGUAUCAAGGCGUGCUUGACUGCGGCAAAAAAAUCCUGCUGCAAGAGGGGUUGUCUGCAUUCUACAAGGGAUACGUCCCAAACAUGCUAGGGAUCAUCCCCUAUGCUGGCAUUGACUUGGCAGUGUAUGAGACCCUGAAAAAUGCAUGGCUGCAGCGGUAUGCCACGAGCAGUGCCGAUCCUGGAGUGUUUGUCUUGCUAGCCUGUGGGACCAUAUCUAGCACAUGUGGGCAACUAGCCAGCUACCCCCUAGCCCUCGUCCGGACACGCAUGCAGGCAGAAGCUUCUGUUGAAGGUGCCCCCCAGAUGACCAUGAGCAAACUGUUCAAGCACAUUGUGAAAACGGAGGGAGCCUUUGGACUUUACAGGGGACUGGCCCCCAAUUUCAUGAAGGUGAUCCCUGCUGUCAGCAUCAGCUACGUGGUCUAUGAAAACCUGAAGCUCACGCUGGGAGUACAGUCACGAUGACGCGCCAACGUUGAAAAACGGUUAAUGGACUUUCGACUGCUUUCUUGGGCUGCAACUCCCUGGAUGUGAAAGGUCUCGUCUUCAUUCUGUGAAUGUGUUGAACACUAAGCGACUGAUUGAAGCCGUGAUAAUCCCCAGAGAUGCAGGGAAGCAAGGCUGCAUCAGAGCACUAGGAGCUCCAGACUCGACGCUCUCAUUCCACCCCCUGCUUAGGGGGGCUGUAGCAUCUUCCAAGUUGGAGCUUUGUUUACAUUUUGACUGUUUUGGUCCAUAUUUUAAGUUUGUCAUCCUUUUACAAAUACCUGUUCCUACAUCUCACCUUUUUUUUUUUAUAUACAUAUAUAUUUUGAAGGCAUCUUAUUUGCCCUUUAUGUCUGUAUUGUGUGAGAGUCUGAUGCUGAGAAUGCAGCUUAUUCGCCUGCUUCUGUAGAAUUGUGAUUGGAGGCUGUGCCGACCCAUAUGUGCCCGUCUAUAUGAAUGAGCAUUACCACCUGAUUGGCGUUAUGAGCUAGGCCCAUUUGCUGCUUGGAAUGCUGCCAUUAUAACAUGGUAUUUGGAUGACUCUUCGCAGCAAGUAUGCCCAAGCCUGACACAUUUCUCACAUUCCUCCUUUAUGUUGAUGUUUUUACUGCCUAGCCUGUAUAUUUAUUACAUAUUUAUUUAAAAAGAAGAAGAAAUAUCUAACAUUGAGUUAUUUUUACAGAAUGUUUAAUUAUUAUUAGAAGUAUUGUGGCCUUUAAAAUUUUUUUUUUUUUACGUCACUAACUUGUUUUCGGCCUCAGGGCAGGACAGACUGUAGAGCAGCGAGCAGUUUGUCCGUCUGUCUGUACACCAUGACCGCUGCCCUAAAUCUAAAGUUCUUGCCACGUGGCAGAAAAAAAAACGAACUUUAACCUUUUGUGUUGAAUGUCGGAGGUGGGAAGGGGAACAGAAAUCCAGUGGCGGAGUCACUGAGAUCACAUUUCACGUCAUUGGGCUGUUCUUUCUUCGUUUCACAAGCAGAUUAUUGAUCUGUUCGGACCUCGCUAGGAAAUGAGGAGAAUGAGUCCAUGGAAUUGUAAGCAAGAAUCAAUGCAACAAAAAAGAAAUGAGUCUGACCAUAUAAAAACCUGCCUGUUAUAAGCGGAAUCUAUGGAACACAUGCGAUGAGAGCUUGUUGUAGAAUCCGUCAAAUAAAAGUUCUAUAUUCUA